AUGGAGUUCGGUCCACUGACGCUGGCCGGCACACGGUGGGAGAUUGACCGGGCCGAUUUCGACGAGGAGCUGCCCAACCUCCUAAAACUCAUCGAGGAUUGCGAUUUUAUCGCCCUCGAUUUCGAGUUCUCGGGGGUGGGCAGCGACCCGAGAAGAGGCCAGGUGGAUAUGAACCACAAACCCACCUUGGCCGAGAGGUACAAAGAGCUCUGCGAAUCUGCGGAGGCAUACCGCAUCAUGCAGAUGGGCAUUUGCCCAGUAAAAUGGGAGCCGAAUGCUCCACGGGAGCCAAAAUACAGCUCCAGGCCCUUCAACUUCUUUGUCGCUCCCCAUGUGGAGAAAAGGUUAUUCCGGUACGAUAGGGCCUACUUAUUCUCGGCUAGCGCAAUCGAUUUCCAUCUUAAGAAUGGAUUCGAUUUCAACAAGCUCUUUAGUCGAGGGUGCCUUUACCUCGGUCACCAAGAGGAGGCACAUAUUAAAGGUCUGAAACGUCAGCGGGACGAAGCCGACAAAAAAGAAAUUGAGCCCAAAGAGGAAGAUCUCCCAAUGCUUGAGGAUGUGAGAUCACAAAUCAUCGGAUGGAUCAAGCGCCGGGAAUCCGACCCCUUUGAUUUCCUCAAUAUACAGCGUGAUGCAGGAUAUAAUGGAUACCAGCGUCGUAUCAUCUCUCAGUUUAUCCGUCGCGAAUUCCCCGAUUACAAUGGGAUAUGGUAUGAGCGGCAUCUGCAGGUGGUGCCAUACAAUGGAGACCGGGAGAGGAAUAUCGUGCUGAAAAGGGAGGAUGACUUCCAAAAGGUGCUCAAGGUGCAACGCGGCGUACGGCACCUAAUUGAUAAAAUCAUGGAGUUGAAAAAACCUCUAAUCGGACAUAACCUCUUCACCGAUUUGGUUUAUAUGCACAACAUGUUUAUCGGGGACCCUCCUGAAGAUAUCAACGAUUUUCGAAGGUUUUUGCAGCAGAGCUUUGGCUUGAUUGUUGACACCAAAUUUCUCGCUCUUCACUGCAAAGAGACCAAUAAGAACUCAGCCUCCAGCAGUCUCCCAGAAUUGGGAUAUAGGUUAUCCCACAUGACCUACCCGCAUAUAGAUGAUUUCCCCGUUAAUACAGAGCAAAAUCACGUUGCCGGGUAUGAUGCAUGGUGCACAGCUCGUUCUUUCGUCAAGCUAUCGGCAAUCUUGUACUUCGCCGGUUCAGACAACCCGCUACCGCCCGCGGAAAUCGCUUCUUGCUUAGACUCCCGAAAGGAAGAAAUCGUGGCAGCAUUAGCUACUCGACCCCCUAAAGCUGGCUAUGGUAAGAUAGUUGAGGUGGAACUCGAGGAUAAACGGAAGGUGCGAAUUCCACAUUGGUCAAGCCAUUUCUGGAAGGUAUUCGGAGGUCGUAUUUGUGUUAAUGGAACCGUUGAAGGGGAGUUCACCCUCUGA